AUGGUGAUGGGUCAACAUGGUGCAGACAGUGCGAUUUCAACCCCCACCCAGCCCUACUCAAUCCAGAUCACCAUGUCUCGGGAGCGCGCAAGUGCGGCUGAACUACAAACUACAAACUACAGUGACAACCCUAUCUGGCACUUUUCAAGCUCAGACCGUUCAGCACCGGCCGAGAAUUCCCCGCAACUAGUCCAGUCGCUCGCGGUUCUGGAUUCCGUCAAGACGGAGAACUCGAUCAAAUGA